AUGGGGGAGAAAUUUCCAUCUGACGCGCGAAGUUGGAUGGACACAUUGGCGUAUGGCCAGGGAAACGGUCCUCGCGGUACACUCCAACCAUGUCAAAGCCUCUGCGCCUCUAGCCUGCGUUCAAUGUGCCUUUCCAAGCGAGCAAACUCGCGAGAGCAUUUCGUGCGCUAUCCGGCGUCGACACAUCCCGUCGCCGGUCCAGAACCUAUUGCCUUUUUCAUACCGAUGCUCGAGUGGGGGUCUGGCAUGCGUCAUGCUCAUGCCCCCUGCAAGGCUGCGCGGGGUGACGAGCUCGAGCGCGAACCGAGUCCGGACGUGCAGAAGAUAUCUCCACCUCAAUCGCCGUGCCGCAGCUCCCUGCGGUACGCGCUCUUGCUGCGCCUCCGCGUUCGUGAACCACCGCCAUCGAACAUGCGAGUCUUCGGUGCCAAAUGCUCUUAUCAUACAUCUUCGACGUGA